CCAAAAGCUACUACCGUUUAUCUUCGCUUAAUUCUCUCUCUACUCCCAAUUUCGAAAUAAAAAGGCUGUGAAAACUCAAAUGGAGGACAUACCGAGGAUUUUAGUGUAUUUUGGAUGAAGGACUGACCGAACUGGACAUUCAAUGUUCACGUUUAUAGAGGUGAAAACGAUGCCCGUACAGCAAAUUGUCGUAAACCCAGUCACUUUACAACAGACUAACAACAAGGAGAGAAAGGUGAGUUUUUCUUUAAGAAAUGCUUUCUUAAGUACUCUUUGAUAUCGUAAUUUAGCUCACCUCACCUACAUUCGGCCUAUGAAACUCGCAGCGGACUUCUCGCACCUUUUCGAUUUGUUUAUCUUUGAUGGAACGAUCGAAUUCUCGAAAAAUGGCGUCUGCGAAGUAUACAGCAGAAGGCAUCCCGUCUUAUGUUCUAAAAACAAGACAUCUGUAACGAUCACUGGAUUUCUUCCGUAUCUGCGGACGGUCUCUCUUCGAACUUGGUUAUUACUCUCACAGCAAGCUUUGUAACGUAAAUUGAAUGAGGUUAACUAGCGUUUCUUGCUUCGCUUCGCCUUUUUUGAAACGCACUUACCUUGCUUUUUUAUGUGGCAAAUCUGGGUGAAUAGAGAUGAUUAUUGUCUCUUUAUUUUGGCCGCGUUGUUCUGUUAUUUUUUUAAUGGAGACGCUCAGUCUGGUUCUUGAUCCGACCGCCUCGGAUUCUUCACUGAAUUUUAGCAGUUUCCGGGCGCCAAUUGAGAACACGUAGGUGAUUUUAUUUUUAUACGUCGGAAAUCUCAGAGAGGGGCUUAUUGACCAGCAAAAUUCAUUUUUGAAGCUUUAAAUUACAUAACAAAAAUGUAACUCUCGAGCUAAUAAUAUAAGCGGCGUAAAAUUGUCUCUCGUAGCUUGCCGUCUAAGCUUCCCGUGCUCAACUUGUAACUUAAGGAUACAUCACUUCGUCAUGGUCAUGUUUUACGCGUUUACUCCUUAAUAAUUCCUGUUUCUGAUGUAGGGUAUCUUUAUUAACCCCAGAGACAGGAAGUUGUUGCAAAAUGUUCAGUUUUUAGUUUUAUAUUCUGUAAACCACGCGGAAAUGUACAGUAUGAAAGUGUUCAGAGAGGUGUCUAAAGGUUAUCUCUGUGUGGUUCACAGUGAUAGUGUUUUUAAUUUUAUGGAGGUCGCACAUUUUAAAUAAACUUCCACACAAAACCCAUCAUAUUUGUUUCUGAUUUGUAGUGCACUCUGUUAUUACAAUAUGCUUGUUGAAGAAAAUAUAAAAAAUAUGUCAGGUUCUAAAUUAAUUAGUUUGACUGGUAGCAAUUAAAUGCUUUUAGACUGUUUUGGUUUCUGUCUGCAGUCGUAACAUCUUUUAUCCAUUGCUCAAAGGAUCAAGUUCAAAUUAUUUUUGCUUUCUGUUGAUUUAUGAAUGCACAAUAUUGUCUUGACUCUAUGCAGAAAGUCAUUGCAUGCACUGAAAAUUCUGUUUUUUCUUUUUUUAAAUGUAAAUUUGACAUUGCACUUCAUUUCUCUGAGUCAGUUUUAAAAAUAGAUGGGAAGGCCUGUCUGGGGCAAAUUCAUUUGUGAAAAUUAUGCAGAAAUUUUUGCUUGAAACAGGUUGUGAUUGGGCAGAAACCUGUAAUAUGAGCAUGGUUACAAUAAUGCUUCUGAAUAUCUUUAAAGGUGCUAUACUGGUGAGUGACAAUAGCACAAUGUAUGAUUUUGUUGGUAAACUUAAAUGGCUGCAAUAAUAACUUUAAACUAUAAUAAUUUGUUGAACAAAACUUAACUUUAAUGUGAGGCAUGACAAUUUUUCUUGUUUUUCGUCAUUAAAACUGAGCACAAUCAAGAUGAUAGCCUGAAGGGCGAAACAUGAAAGAUUUUUAACGGUGAUUUCAUAAUGUCCCUUGAAAGUGCUAACUUAAAGCAAUCAACUUUUGAUUAAGCAGGGUUGUCAAAAGUAGCCGGCUGCGGGCGAAAAUCGCCACCUACUUGGUUAGUAUUGGCUGGCUACUCUGCUUGGCAUUUCUUUACAGGUGCCGUUAUUAAAUAAAGUACCCCUGGACUGACCGCUUACUUUGACAACUCAGCCGUCUACUUCAAAACUUUCUGACCACCCUGCAGAACACUAUUUAGGUACUAUUUUCAGGGUUUUUUUGAUAUCCCAGAGGUGGUGAGUGGAAUGACUCAUUGGGUCAUUCUGUUUUCAUCCCAUUUUGCUUGACGACCAAGCAAAGUUUGUUAGCAUUUGUAUGUCAAGCACCAUAAGAGUCUUGGUCUCAACUUUGGAUAACUUUUAUAUAUAUUUUUCAUUUGUUAUAGCGGAGCUCUUGCAUGCUCAAAGCAUGCGCAGCGGAGCACCAUGUGUGAGAAAAUUUGGUUAUGUAUGCAUUCAAGAAAUUUUGGUUCUGACGAAAUUGUCCGUAUGUGUGUCCACCCCGUCACGUAAUCUUAGGGUGAAACUUUGCAUCUCAAGCACCCGCGCUUUUCGUUGGUAAAUCGCAUAGCCUCCUGGACUUUUAGAGAUAAAAAACAACAGCAACAAAGGCAAUUUUUUCUUUUGAAUUAAUUUUAAUCUCUUUAUCAAUGUGGAUAACAGAGAAAGAGCUAGAGCGAGAGAUUAAAAAACAAAGGAGAACAAUUUUGUUGGAAGAAAAACGUGAAAAUUUUAUAGCUGUGGUGAGAAAAUGAGAAAUGCUAGCGGCCACCGAGGUGAAAAUGAGCGGGAGCGAAAAGAAGUGAACAGGGACGCAUACAACAUUUCCUUCAUAAGACGUGUAACAAGGAAGUUUCUGAAAGUUUCAGGUUGUAGUUGUGCAUACCAAUGGCAAUGAAAUGUACAAAGAAAGAGUGGUGCACGUGCAAAGUUGUGUUUUGCUAAUUAGACCUACUGAUUUUUUUUGGCCCUUUUCAUUGCUGUCACUGCGUAUUAUUACACGAUUUUGUAUUUUGUUUGAGCAAACAAUGGAUAUUAACAAAAGCUUUGCUUUUAGCCUUGGCUAAAUCUCUAUUAAUAGGUGUUAUCAUAGGUGAUUCUGACUCCUCUAAUACGAGACAUUCAAUGUUGAAAGUUUAAUCAGGAUACGUUAGUCGGUCAUCCGAUCCUGAUGUACUGUAUCCUAGUUAAGUUACAUCAAUGUUAUGCUUCCAGCAUAAAAGCUAUUACAUGUUCUAGGCAUAAACAUUUGCCAUGCCAGAUAUGAAAAAGCACUUAAAAACCACCCUUGAGAAGGGGCCAAAAAAUGUGUGGAAACGUGUUCCCCUACUAAUGCAGUGGCAUGAAACCACGGGGAAAGGGUUUAAGCGCAAGGCAUAGAAUGGUGAAUACCUUGUUACAGAGGCCAAUCCAAAAAGAGGCAAUAAAUUUAAAAGAAUGCAGGUCCAAAUACCUAAAUACAUAUUAAGCUAUAUAGUGAAAUAAGGUGAUUCCAAAAACUUAACACUUAAGAAAAAAACUAUCAGAAAAGGAACUUUGUAAAGCAAACAUGAUGACUGAGCUGUGGUAGAAUGCCACAAAUCCCGCGCCAAAAGCAUAAAUAGUCUGAAACUAUCCCACGCACACCUGCUCGCCUCUUGAAACUUUGCUGUCAGAACAUUAAUUUCCAACUUGUCUCUCAAUCGUCAGAAAUUACAUUUUUUUUUGCCUUUUAAAAAACUGAAACAAAGUUUACUGUUAACAUACGUGGAUAAGCCACAUCCCCAACUUUCUAAAUUGAUUUUGGGAAAAAAGCUAGUGAAGUUUGCCAAUUUUCAGUUCAGUUUUUGCUGCAUAUUUGCUGUGAGUUUUAAUGCAAAUCAGCAUUUCAGUUUGAUAACAAAUUGUCCAUAUUAAGCUUGGAUUAUGCCCAAAUAUACGAUUUUAAGAACAAAAUUGUGUGAAACUGGCCAUCACAUAAAUUAUUGUCAUAUAAUACUGCUGUGCUGGCUGACUUAAGUGACAGCUUGAUUUAAAAGCUGCAUUUAGUUUGGGUAAUAAAAUGUCAUGCCUUGUAAUCCAGCAGCUGUACUUUUGUUGGAUUGGCCUAAAUUUGAAUCAAGUCUGGCAUCUAAACCAGGCCUAAAUGCACAUUUACAUUGAAGUGAUUUAAAAAAAUGCAAAAGAAGGAAAAAGAGAAAGGGGGUAAAUGAUUACAUAAUUAUAGAUAAAAUUAAUAUAAAACUAUUUUUAUUAAAGGAACAGAAAGCACGGGAGGGAUUUCUCUUGCUUAUUUAUGGCCUGGAUUCUGUUUGGUAUCUGAGAUUGAUUUUAUUUACAAAACCUGGGAAGAGUAGGGACCUUCUUCACUUAAUUUGGAUUUUAAUUAUCAAUUUAAAAAUAAAUAAGUAAUUCAACAAAUACAUGGGAGGAUUAAUUGAAUGUCGAUUAGCCCAACAAAUAAAAUACUCUCAGACUGUCAAUAUAAUAUCGCAUGUACAUUGCACUACUUCCAGAAUUCCAAACCAAAGCUAUCAGACGGGCCAGCCGUAAUACCAACUACGGAGAGCAGCAACGAUAAACCCAAGCCACUAGCCAAGAAAAGUGUAUCAGUUACCUCUGUGGCAUCAUCCAUGGAAAUCUGUAGGAUAUGUCAUUGCGAGGCAGAGCCUGACCAGCCUCUUAUUUCUCCUUGCUUAUGCUCAGGCUCUUUGCAGUAUGUUCAUCAGAGUUGUCUACAGAGGUGGAUUAAAAGUUCAGACACAAAAAAAUGUGAACUGUGUAAAUAUGAGUUUAUCAUGGAAUCUAAGAUGAAGCCUAUCACAAAAGUAAGUAAAGUCUUUUCUAAAGGUUUGCCAUGGGAGUGGAAGGAAAAAACGGUUUUUUAAGUGGAGGGAAAAGUCAGUAAAUUCCAAAAAAUUUGAGAGAUAUUAAUUUUAUUUUUUGGCCUAGCUAGAAACGCAAGGUCAUAUUGUUUUCCUCAAAGGCUAUAUGUGUAAAAAGAUAUCGUCAUUGUAAAAACAUUCUGUAUGUUAUUGUUACUAUCAUUGUUAUUACAUAAUGUAUUAUUUUGAUACUCUGACUCUUACUGAAGUCCAGAUUUGGUUCCCCCCAAAAAAAAAGAAAACAUAAUUUAAAAGAUGGGAGAAUUACAUGUAAUGGGCACAAGAGUAUUUGAAGGCCUACAAAAGUUGUUGACAGCUGUUUUGGAUAACAUGCGACCUGCGUUGUUAGAAACAUUUCAGGAUUUUUGUUCACCCCCCUGUGGAACACGACAUUUUGGACAGGCAUACUUCUUUUGUAUUUUCCAUAAACUUUCAUACUUAUCACCAAAAUCUAAUGUGUUUUUUUUUCUUUUUUCAGUGGAAGGCUUUGGACAUGACAAGAAGUGAAAGGCGCAAGAUCCUGUGUUCAGUGUCAUUCCAUGUGAUUGCCAUCACAUGUGUUGUGUGGUCAUUGUGGGUGCUGAUUGAGCGUACUGCAGAGGAAAUUAAGCAAGGCCAGCUAAAUUGGCCUUUCUGGACCAAACUAGUGGUCGUAGCUAUUGGAUUCACAGGUGGCUUGGUGUUCAUGUAUGUGCAGUGUAAAGUUUAUGUGCAGCUGUGGAAACGUCUCAAGGCAUUUAACCGUAUUAUCUUAGUAAAGGAUGUGCCACCGCCGCAAGAAGGUGCUGAGUAUAUCUGAUCCUGUCCCCGCAUCACUGUAAGUAGACAUUUGAGUACUGGGAAAAUCUAGCUCAGAGCUGAAGCUCUCUGUGCUUUUUCUCAGCACCACUUUGGUGAAGAAGGGGUCCUCAAUUUCACCUUUUUAAGUACAAAUGAUGAAAGCUGCUUCAAGAAGCUUGUUCAUGGAACUCUAAUGUAUUAGUGUGUAUGAAGAACACAGUAUCCCCAUAUUAAUUUUUAACUUUCCAAGUCCUUAGUUUACCCCUAAAGAUCAAAGUAAAAAGUAACUGUUAAAUUUCAGUUUGUAAGAUACAGAAAAAUGACUUUUAGUGCCAUGCAAACCAUAUACAGAGCCUGCAGAGAGGUUUCAAUUAAAAUACAUGUACUGUAUGUGCAGUAAUAUCACAUUACUUCAUUCAUUCGUGUUAUCAUUUCUACAAUGUUGCUCCAUACUGUGUGUAUCUAUCUGUGUGAUUGGACUCACUUGGUUUGAAUCUUCAGUAAGGAGCAUUGGUUGAAUAAGUGGAUGCCUAUCAUGGCUACUUACGCUGGUGUGAAAUGCUGCAUUUAAGUAGCUUAUACCGUGUUUACACUUGAGCAUUUUACAGUGCUAACAAAGUUUAUCUAGGUAAACGUUUUGUGAGUAUAAAUAUCAACUGUUAUCUCAGUAAAUGUAUCAGUGACAACAGUUUUUGCCAAGGUACAUGUAUAGUAAUGGUUCUUAUCUAGGCAAUGAGGCAGGGUUUACAUGUACACCAUACAUGUUACUUGGUUACUGAAGUGAGAAUUACCUACAAUCAUGUCCAAUGGUUUUCUGAUUGAUUUAUUAAAUCACAUUUAAUGGUUUUAAUUGUCCUUGAAGUGAACUGCAACGCUGAAAUCCUACAAUCCUUGCAGUGCACUGAACCUAAUUGUUAAAGCCAAAAAUGUUUUCCUUGAUGAGUUAAUGAUGUUUUCCUCUUUACAUUUUACUAAAUUCAUAUUUGUUGCACUUAUCUUGAAAUCAGUCCAAAGAAUGAUCCUUAGGUUUGAACUAGAUAUCCAUGCUAACCAAGAUAGCUAGCAUUUCUACCUCUAGGACUAGAGUAAUUCUUGCCUGUAAUUCCAAAACAGAUUUCGCUGCUUUUGCUCUAAUAUUUUUCUGUUUAAUUUAGGUGGUGAAUAUUGACAGAUAACGUACAUGUAGGUUGUCAGAUCCAGUAAAAAUACACAGUGCUAAUGUGUCAUGAUAAAGAAACAGCACUUCAGUAAAUCAAAACUUUGUUUAUAAAUGCCUAAGUGUGAACACGGCAUAGUUUUUUAAAAUAAUGAUAGCAUUCAAUUUAUUCUUGGCAGUGUCAAGUGGUUGUAGAGGGAAGUUAUUGAUAAAUUAUUUUCUAGGCUACCAGGAAGUGUGAACUUCCGGGUAGGAACAAGGUUAUCAAAACCAUAAUUUUUAAAGGAAAUAUUGAAAUAAUAUCUAGUAUGAUGAGAAGUUGUACUUUUGCUUUUGAGGUCAUGAACAGUCUCAUGAACAGUCAAAAUUGACUGCUGGAAUUAGGCAGGAAAGAACUUCGUUUUUGAGAGGCAUUUUUUGGCGUCUUACAAAUACUUUAUUUCAAAUAUAUUACGUAAAAUAAAUUUUACAGGGUAACAAUUAACAUCAACUAGAAAACAGUUUUUGACUGAAAUACAAGUAUUUGAGAACCAUGUUGCAUGUGUCUAACCACCUCAAGGGUAAUAAUUGCAACUGCCAUACAUAUUUCCAAGAACCGGUGAAGUAUAGUUGGUUAUGUACACAUAGUUGAGAAAGGUGUGAAUGUUGAAAAAUAAUAAUCAAAUGGAUCAAAAUAAUAAUCAUUGUAGCACAUUGUAGUCUUGCCUGCUGGAUAGGCCUAACAUUACAUGCACUUCUACUCAUUGCAACAGAUGUUGAUGAUAAUUAUAGGGCUUCCUAUUUUCAUCUGUUUCUUGGUGUUUAGAACCUUUGAUAAAACACUCGCCCCCGUAAACAUAUUCUGACCUAAGAGCAAGCUCUCCUGGGCGCUCUGGUGGUGGGGUGGAAAUAGGAAGGAGAGCUUGCAACUAUGUUUCUGGAAGUUAAAUAUCUGUAUGCAAAAAGUUGAUGCAAAAUGCUGCUUGGCGAAGAUGACAUUACUAAUGAGGGGAUUUGGUGGUGGAGUAUCAAAUUCCAGAGAUGUAGUUGCAUGCUCUCCUUCCUUUUCCUGCCCUGCAGGCAAAGCGCCCUGGAGAGCUUGCUCGCAGGUUAGACAUAUUCAAGUUCAACUU